AUGGAACCGGCCCGUCUCAUCUCGUGGCUCCUACCUCUUACCCGUCCCGUCAUUGUUUCCCGAUAUACUCCAAGGACUUCCCCCAGAUUCCCCUCCAACUUCCCCGCACCACGCGCCAUGUCGACCUCUCUGCAAGAGAAACUUGAUGCUUUGCAGAACUAUUCUGCUUGCGAUGUAUCCGAUGCCCUCCUCAAACUCCAGAAACCAGGCUCCGGAGCCCCAAGGGCAGGGUAUUUAGCUGACCUAACUCCCUUCUCUCCAACCCUGGGCCGAAGCACCACCACACCCAAAAUCAUCGCGCCCGCCUCAACCAUAAAGUUCAUCCCCAAAGACUCACCCUCCCACUCCCUCACACCCGACCAAAACCAACCCCCUGCAUCGACCGCCUUCCCACCAGGAACGCACUGGGUCGACAACACCGUCCCCAACACAAUCGUAGUGAUCGAGCAACCAGCCGGUCAGCACUGCGCCGUCGUCGGCGGCAUCAUGGCCGUGCGCAUGAAGUACCUGGGUAUCCGGGGCGUUGUCGUCAAUGGCAGGAUCCGUGAUCUCUCGGAAAUACAGGGUUGUAGUUUGCCCGUUUGGGCGAGGGGGACGUCGACGGUUGGAACGGGGGCUGAGGCAAAGGCGGGGCUUAGGGAAGUUAGGGUUGAGGUUGGGGGUGUCGGAGUUGAGCCGGGAGAUAUCAUCUUUUGUGAUCCGCUCGAGGGCGUCGUGGCUAUCCCGCGGGACCUACUCGAUCAGGUCCUGGAGAUUAUGCCGAAGCUUGUUGACAUGGACGACAAGGUCAAGGCGGCGGUUGAGAAAGGAUCAAGUGCAUUUGAUGCGUUCCAGCAGUUCCGAACCAAGAUUUGA